AUGUCUGACCUCUUCGACAUCUACAUACCAGACAAUCUUCGAUUUCAAGAUUACAUUGCUAUUGUUCAGACGGCUCGGAUCUGGGCGGAUGGUUAUGAUCGGAAAAGCUUUCCCCGACUACUUGCCGCGCUGGCUCCAAAAGUCACGGUCGACUACACAUUGAUUGUGUCUGGGUGGGGAAGAGAAGAAUACACUGCGCAUGACUUCGCCUCUAAAUGGCUGUCCGCCGAACACCUGGGCUUGAAGCCACUGGCAACACAGCACCUCCUCGCUCAGCCAUACUUUAAGUAUGUAGGAGAAGGCGAGAUCGUCGUGGAAUGGCAACAGCUGGCUAGUCACGGUCGCCGUGACAAUGAACAUCGAGAUACAUCGGGCUCAAUCACUGAGACUAGCGAUGGACGCACCUACAUGGAACAUAAAUUUGUGAAAGUCGAUGGGAAAUGGAAGAUUGCGCGCAUUACACCAUCGUUGAUCUAUCAGACUGGCGAUUUUAUGCAUAUCAGGCGACCUGUGGAUAGCGAGUGA